GCGUUGGCGGAGAACACUAACACUCAAAGAUGGCCAACCUCCUCGAUGCGGCGGCCAAAGUGAAAUGGGACCGAACGGCCGCGGCGAAGCGAGCCGUGUUCCUGGCGGCCGCCGCUUACGGCGUCAAAAGCCUGUAUCCGAUCAUCUGGAAGCUGAUCUGCAAAAGCAAAAGUCCCCGCAGCGACUCGCUGGCGGAAACCACGAACGGCGUGCCGGGAAGAGCUCCCAAAAGCGCCGGGACCGGAGCCAGAGCCUCGCCGGGGCUGAACGCCGAGUUUUUCCAUCAGAUCCUGGAGCUCGGUAAAAUCCUCUUCCCCCGGCUGGUCUCCAAAGAGCUGUGCCUGCUGAGCCUCCACUCCGUGGCGCUCAUUUCCAGGACGUUUCUGUCCAUCUACGUGGCCAGCCUGGACGGGAAGAUCGUGAAGACGAUCGUGGAGAAGGAACCGCAGCGCUUCAUCCUCCAGCUGGUCAAAUGGCUCCUCAUCGCCAUCCCGGCCACCUUCGUCAACAGCGCCAUCCGGUUCCUGGAGUGCAAACUGGCCCUGGCCUUCCGAACCCGACUAGUGGACCACGCGUACCGGACCUACUUCACCGACCAGACCUACUACAAAGUCAGCAACAUGGACGGGAGGCUCGCCAACGCGGACCAAUCGCUCACGGAGGACGUGAUGAUGUUCUCCCAGUCUGUGGCCCACCUGUACUCCAACCUCACCAAGCCCAUCCUGGACGUGGUCCUGACCUCCUACACGCUGAUCCAGACCGCCAGGACGAGGGGGGCCAGCCCCACCGGGCCCACCCUGCUGGCCGGGGCGGUGGUGUGCGUCACGGCGAUGGUCCUGCGCGCGUGCUCGCCCAAAUUUGGCAAACUGGUGGCGGAGGAGGCGCACAGGAAGGGCUUCCUGCGGUACGUGCACUCCCGGAUCAUCGCCAAUGCCGAGGAGAUCGCCUUCUACAGAGGACACAAGGUGGAGAUGUGUCAGCUGCAGAAGUGCUACAAGGCUCUGGCUGACCAGAUGAACCUGAUCCUGUCCAAGCGCCUCUGGUACAUCAUGAUCGAGCAGUUCCUCAUGAAGUAUGUGUGGAGUGGCUGUGGACUCGUCAUGGUGGCCGUUCCCAUCAUCACAGCCACCGGAUUUGCCGACAGCGAAAAGGUGGAUGGACAGACGCAGGUCAUGGUGAGCGAGAGGACGGAGGCGUUCACAACGGCCCGCAACCUCCUGGUCUCGGGGGCCGACGCCAUUGAGAGGAUCAUGUCCUCCUACAAAGAGAUCACAGAGCUGGCAGGCUACACGGCUCGAGUCCACAACAUGUUUGUGGUGUUUGAGGACGUCCAGAAGGGGAUUUACAAGCGCUCGUCCCUGUCGGACGCCGCAGGGACCGAGAAGAAGAACAGGCCGGAGAUGCACAUUGAUGGACCCCUGGAGAUAAAGGGUGAGGUGAUUGAUGUGGACAAAGGCAUUGUGUGUGAGAACGUUCCCAUCAUCACGCCGAGCGGAGACGUGGUGGUGUCCUGCCUGAACCUGAAGGUGGAGGAAGGGAUGCAUCUCUUGAUCACUGGGCCCAACGGCUGUGGAAAAAGCUCCCUGUUCCGGAUCCUGAGUGGCUUGUGGCCCGUCUACGGAGGCCGACUGCACAAACCUUCUCCACAGCACAUGUUUUACAUCCCUCAGAGGCCAUACAUGUCCAUGGGCUCCCUGAGGGACCAGGUGAUCUACCCGGACACCGCCGAGGACAUGUCUGCCAGAGGACUCGGCGACAAGGACCUGGAGGCCAUUUUGGACAUAGUCAACCUGAAUCACAUCGUCACCAGAGAAGGAGGCUGGGAUGCUGAGCUGGACUGGAAAGACGUGCUGUCUGGAGGCGAGAAGCAGAGGAUGGGGAUGGCCCGGAUGUUCUACCACAGGCCCAAGUACGCCCUGCUGGACGAGUGUACCAGCGCCGUGAGCAUCGACGUGGAGGGAAAGAUCUUCCAGGCCGCCAAGGACACGGGCAUCUCGUUGCUGUCCAUCACUCACCGGCCCUCCCUGUGGAAGUACCACACCCACCUGCUGCAGUUCGACGGCGUGGGCGGCUGGCGCUUCGAGCAGCUGGACUCGGCCACGCGCCUCUCCCUGACGGAGGAGAAGCAGCGGCUGGAGGCCCAGCUGGCCGGCAUUCCUGAGAUGCAGCUUCGCCUCAACGAGCUGUGCAAGAUCCUGGGAGACGACUCCGUCCUCAAGACGGCGGAGGAGUGAGCCCCCCCCCCCGACGAAAGAAGAAGAAGGCCGUCUUUCGUGUGUGGGUUUUCCUUUGCUCUCCAUCCAAGUAGCAAAGCUGCUUUUGUCUUCUGUUCUUAGCGUUUCCUCAUUUUCCUGAUUCCUGUUGGAAAAUCCUCAGCAGUCAAAGCGUAGAGCUGGUCAGUUCAGAUCUGGCACUUGACUCUGCUGCUGAACGAGGACACGAAUGUGGAGCCACUCGGGUUUCCAGAGCAGUAUUCCAGUGCGUUCCUGUUUCCCUCUGGAUAACUGGUUGUUGUUAGGAUGUGCUUUUGUGUAGAUCUGGCGUGUUCCCUCUGCCACACCGGCUCAGAUGCAGACUCUCCGUGGUUUAUUAUUACAACGCUCAGUGGCCCCGGCCCCCACCUGCUGCAUUCUGGGUUAUGGUGGGGGCCGGACACGUAUGUGCAAACGUGAGGCGAGCAGGCGGAGGACGCGUCCACGCUCGGCCUGCUGAUCUCUAGAAAGUCGGUACUUGUUUCCAGAAAAAUGAGAAAACGUCUUCGAGACUACACUUUGCAGGGCUCGACAUAGCCAUUUGUCCGCUGGCCCGGUCCUGUUUUUCGAGCAGUGCGGACCACAAGACUUUACUUUUCACUUGUCCGCUCGGGCCACUAAAAUAUCUAACGGUUUAUAUAUUCUUCACCUUUUUCAAUAAAGUAAAUUUUGCGAAAA